AUGAGGAUGCGCUGGGCGACCCCUCGCCCCGCGGCGGGGCUCCUCCUGCUGCUCCUCUGGUGCUUCGGGAUGGCGGAGCCUUCUGACCCUGCAGGUAAUCAUCCAUUCACCAUCUUCAAUGAAAACACAGGCAAGUGCAUCAAGCCACUAGUUGGCUGGAUAGUAGCAAAGGAUUGUGAUGGAAGUAAGGACAUGUUAUGGAAAUGGGUAUCCCAGCACCGGCUCUUUCAUUUGCAAUCCCAGAAGUGCCUUGGCCUAGAUAUUAACAAACCCACGGAUUCCUUGAAAAUGUUCAGCUGUGACUCCAAUGCCAUGAUGUGGUGGAAAUGUGAGCACCACUCUCUGUAUGGUGCUGCCCAGUACAGGUUGGCUCUAAAGGAUGGCUAUGCCAUAGCCAGUACAAACACAUCUGAUGUCUGGAAGAAAGGAGGCUCGGAGGACAGCCUUUGUGACCAGCCUUACCAUGAGGUAUAUACCAGAGAUGGGAAUUCCUAUGGAAGACCUUGUGAAUUUCCAUUCCUAAUUGAUGGGACAUGGCAUCAUGACUGCAUUCUUGAUGAUGACCACAAUGGACCAUGGUGUGCCACCACUUUACAUUAUAACUAUGACCAAAAGUGGGGCAUCUGCUUAAUACCAGAAAAUGGCUGUGAAGGUAAUUGGCAAAAGAAUGAGCAGAUUGGAAGUUGCUACCAGUUUAAUAAUCAGGCAACUCUUUCUUGGAAAGAAUCUUACAUUUCGUGUCAGAGUCAAGGAGCUGACUUACUGAGCAUCAGCAGUGCAGCUGAAUUAACUUACCUCCAAGGACAAGAAGGCAUUGCUAGAGUGUUCUGGAUUGGAUUAAAUCAGCUGUACUCAGCUAGAGGCUGGGAAUGGUCARAUCACAAGCCAUUAAGCUUUCUCAACUGGGACUCAGAUAUGCCAAAGGCACAAAUAAUAGGUGGAUCAAGCUGUGCCGGAAUGGAUGCCGAAUCUGGUCUGUGGCAGAGUAUUUCCUGUGAAGCUCAACUAUCAUACGUCUGCAAGAAACCAUUAAAUAAUACUGUGGAGUUAACAGAUGUUUGGACAUAUUCACAUACCCGCUGUGAAGAAGGCUGGCUGCCAAAUAAUGGAUUUUGCUAUCUGCUGGUAAAUGAAACUGGUUCCUGGGAUGAGGCACAUAAGAAAUGCAAUGCCUUCAGUAGUGACCUAAUCAGCAUUCAUUCUUUAGCAGAUGUGGAAGUGGUUGUCACAAAAUUCCAUAAUAGGAAUGCCAAAGAAGAAAUAUGGACGGGACUUAGGAACAUCAAUAGACCAACUUUGUUUCAGUGGUCAGAUGGUACUGAAGUCACUCUAACAUACUGGAAUGAGAAUGAGCCAAACAUACCCUACAAUAAGACUCCCAACUGUGUUUCCUGUUUAGGAAAGCUAGGUUACUGGAAAGUCCAAUCAUGUGAAGAGAAACUUAAAUAUAUAUGUAAGAAAAAAGGACAAAAAAUGAAUGACUCAAGAUCUGAUAAGAUGUGUCCUCCAGAUGAGGGCUGGAAGAGACAUGGAGAAACCUGUUACAAGAUUUACAYGGAUGAGGUCCCUUUUGGAACAAACUGCAAUCUGACUAUCACUAACAGAUUUGAGCAAGAAUACCUAAAUGAUAUGAUGAAAAAGUAUGAUAAGUCUCUCAGAAAAUACUUCUGGACUGGCCUGAGAGAUGUAGACUCCCGUGGAGAAUACAGUUGGGCAACUGCCGGUGGAAUAAAGCAAGCUGUGACAUUUUCCAACUGGAAUUUUCUUGAACCAGCGUCUCCAGGUGGGUGCGUGGCUAUGUCAACUGGAAAGUCUCUUGGCAAGUGGGUGGURAAGGACUGCAGAAGCUUCAGAGCACUUUCAAUUUGCAAGAAAAUAAGUGGACCCCUGGAGCCUGAAAAAGCAGCCCCCAAGCCUGAUGGCCCUUGUCCUGAAGGCUGGCAUGGUUUCCCCUCCGGUGUUUCUUGUUACAAGGCAUUCCAUGCAGAAAGAAUUGUGAGAAAGAGGAACUGGGAAGAAGCUGAAAGAUUCUGCCAAGCACUUGGAGCACACCUGCCUAGCUUCAGUCAUAUGAUUGAAAUCAAGGAAUACCUUCACUGGUUAAGGGAGCAGUUCAGUGACCAGCGUUGGCUAUGGAUAGGUUUGAAUAAAAGGAGCCCAGACCUACAAGGAUCGUGGCAAUGGAGUGAUCGUACACCAGUGUCUACUAUUAUCAUGGAAAAUGAAUUUCAGCAAGAUUAUGACAUCAGAGACUGUGCUGCUGUCAAGGUUAUAUACAGGCCAUGGCGAAGAAGCUGGCAUUUCUAUGAUGACAGAGAAUAUAUUUAUUUGAGGCCUUUUGCUUGUGACACAAAACUUGAAUGGGUAUGCCAGAUUCCAAAAGGUAACACUCCAAAAACACCAGACUGGUAUAAUCCAGAGCGUGCUGGAAUUCAUGGGCCUCCAGUUAUAAUUGAAGGAAGUGAAUAUUGGUUUGUUGCUGAUCCUCACUUGAACUACGAAGAAGCCGUCCUGUACUGUGCUAGCAAUCACAGCUUUCUUGCUACUAUAACGUCUUUUACAGGACUAAAAGCCAUCAAAAACAAAAUAGCAAAUAUAUCAAGUGAUGAACAGAAGUGGUGGGUGAGAACUAGUGAUCAGCCACUAGAUCGUCAUUUUAUAUACUCACGACAUCCCUGGCACCACUUUCCUAUGAGAUUUGGGGAGGAAUGCUUGCACAUGUCUGCCAAAACUUGGUUUAUGGACUUAAAUAAACCAACAGACUGCACAACCAAAUUGCCUUUCAUCUGUGAAAAAUACAAUGUAUCUUCAUUAGAGAAAUAUAGUCCAGAUUCUGCUGCUAAAGUUCAGUGUUCUGGGGAUUGGAUUCCUUUUCAGAAUAAGUGCUUUCUAAAGAUCAAACCCAAGUCUGUUAAAUUUUCCGAAGCAAGAGAUAUCUGUCACUCCUAUGGUGGCACCCUUCCUUCAGUGUUGAGCCAGAGUGAACAAGAUUUUAUUACAUCAUUGCUUCCGGAUAUGGAAGGUAGUUUAUGGAUUGGUCUGCGCUGGACUGCCUAUGAAAGGAUAAACAAAUGGACAGAUGAUAGAGAACUGACAUAUAGCAACUUCCACCCAUUGCUGGUUGGUCGAAUGCUGAGUAUACCAACAAAUUUCUUUGAUGAAGAGUCCCACUACCACUGUGCUGUGAUACUCAACCUCCCAAAGUCACCUUUCACUGGGUCGUGGAAUUUUACUGCCUGCAGCGAAUACUACUUUGUAUCUCUCUGUCAGAAAUAUUCAGACACUGAAGACAGACAGCCCUUGCAGAACACCUCAAAAACUGUAAAGUAUCUUAAUAACCUGUACAAAAUAAUCCCAAAGACACUGACGUGGCUCGACGCCCAAAAGGAGUGCCUGAGGGAGAACAUGCACCUGGUGAGCAUCACCGAUGCCUACCAACAGGCAUUCCUCGCUGUGCAGGCAGUCCUUUGGAACUCUUCCUUCUGGAUUGGACUCUUCAGUCAAGACGAUGAGCUAAACUUUGGUUGGUCGGAUGGGAAACCUCUUCACUUUAGUCGCUGGGCAGACAACAACAGGCAACUUGAAGACUGUGUAAUAUUAGACACUGAUGGAUUCUGGAAAACGGCUGAUUGCAAUGAUAAGCAACCAGGUGCUAUUUGCUACUACCCAGGAAAUGACACUGAAAAAGAGGUCAAACAAGUCAAAAGUGUUAAAUGUCCAUCUCCUGUUCUAAAUACUCCGUGGAUAUCAUUUCAGAACUCUUGCUAUAAUUUUAUGAUAACAAAGAAUAGACAUAUGGCAACAACACAAGAUGAAGUUCAUUCUAAGUGCCAGAAACUGAAUUCACAAUCACACAUGUUGAGUAUUCGAGAUGAAAAGGAGAAUAACUUUGUUCUUGAACAACUUCUAUACUUCAAUUACAUGGCUUCAUGGGUCAUGUUAGGAAUAACUUAUGAAAAUAAUUCUCUGAUGUGGUUUGAUAAGACCAUGCUGUCUUAUACACACUGGCGAGCAGGAAGACCCACUGUAAAAAACGGCAAGUUUUUGGCUGGGUUGAGUACUGAUGGCUUCUGGGAUAUUCAGACCUUUAAUGUUSUUGAAGAAACACUCAAUUUUUACCAGCACAGCAUUCUUGCUUGUAAAAUUGAAAUGGUUGACUACAAAGAAGAAUAUAAUACUACACUGCCACAGCUUAUUCCAUAUGAAGAUGGUAUUUAUAGUGUUGUUCAGAAAAAGCUAACAUGGUAUGAAGCAUUAAAGAYGUGUUCUCAAAGUGGAGGUCAUUUGGCAAGUGUUCAUAAUGAAAAUGGCCAGGUCUUUUUGGAAGAUAUUGUAAAACGUGAUGGAUUUCCACUGUGGGUUGGGCUCUCAAGUCAUGAUGGAAGUGAGUCAGGUUUUGAAUGGUCUGAUGGCAGUGCACUUGACUACAUCCCAUGGAAAGGCCAAAAAUCUCCUGGAAAUUGUUUGAUCUUGGAUCCAAAAGGAAUUUGGAAACAUGAAAAAUGCAACUCUGUUAAGGAUGGUGCUAUUUGCUAUAAAACUACAAAAGCUAAAGAGCAGUCCCCUUAUCCAUACUCCUCAAGAUGUCCAACAACAAAAGAGAACAGGUCACAGUGGAUCCAGUACAGGGAUCACUGUUACAUGGCUGACCAGGCAUUGCACAGUUUUUCAGAAGCCAAGCAAUUGUGUUCAGAACUUGAUCAUUCUGCAACUAUUGUCACCAUAGAGGAUGAAAAUGAGAAUAAAUUUGUGAGCACAUUGAUGAGGGAAAAUAAUAACAUCACCAUGAGAGUCUGGCUUGGAUUAUCCCAACAGUCUGUUGAUCAAUCUUGGAAUUGGUUAGAUGGAUCAGAAGUGACAUUUGUCAGAUGGGAAAAUAAAAGUAAGAGUGGUGAUGGAAAAUGUAGCAUUUUGUUAGCUUCCAAUGAAACUUGGAAAAAGGUUGAAUGUUCACGUGGCUAUGGAAGAGUUGUCUGCAAAGUUCCUCUGGGCCCUGAUUACAGAGGAAUAGCUGUCACGUUUGCAGUGCUCAGUGUCUUAGUUCUCAUCAGUGGUCUGAUUUGGUUCCUCCACCGAAGAAACCGUUUCCACUGGGCAGGCUUCUCAUCAGUUCGGUAUGAACAAGGAGUGAAUGAAGAUGAGAUCAUGCUUCCUUCUUUCCAUGAGUAA